GAUAUAACCCCAGCCACUUUGCCAAAGCCCAGCCCCCACACCACUAGUGGCAUAUCUUCAACCACCAACUUACCAUCCUGAGACAAGACCGAGUAUAGCCCACGAAGAUCCCCCCACGGCACAACACAAGGGGGGGAGCGCCAACCCGGACAGGAAGAUCACGUCAGUGACUCAACCCACUCAAGUGACGCACCCCUCCUAGGGACCGCAUGGAAGAGCACCAGUAAGCCAGUGACUCAGCCCCUGUAAUAGGGUUUGAGGCAGAGAAUCCCAGUGGAGGGAAGGGAACCGGCCAGGCAGAGACAGCAAGGGCGGUUUGUUGCUCCAGUGCUUAUCCGUUCACCUUCACACUCCUGGGCCAGACUACACUCAAUCAUAGGACCUACUGAAGAGAUGAGUCUUCAAUAAAGUCUUAACGGUCGAGACCGAGUCUGCGUCACUCACAUGGAUAGGCAGACCAUUCCAAAAAAAAUUAGCUCUAUAGGAGAAAGCCCAUGUAAUGCUUUGUAGGUUAGCAGUAAAACCUUGAAAUCAGCCAUAACCUUAACAGGAAGCCAGUGUAGAGAGGCUAGCACUGGAGUAAUAUGAUAAAAUGUUUUGGUUAUAGUCAAGAUUCUAGCAGCUGUGUUUAGCACUAACUGAAGUUUUUUUAGUGCUUUAUCCUGGUAACCGGAAAGUAAAGCAUUGAAGUAGUCUAACCUAGAAGUGAUAAAAGCAUGGAUACAUUUUUCUGCAUAAUUUUUGGACAGAAAGUUUCAGAUUUUUGCAAUGUUACGUAGAUUAAAAAAAGCUGUCCUUGAAACAUUCUUGAUAUGUUCGUCAAAAGAGAGAUCAGGGUCCAGAGUAACGCCGAGGUCCUUCACAGUUUUAUUUGAGAAGACUUUACAACCAUCAAGAUUAAUUGUCAGAUUCAACAGAAGAUCUCUUUGUUUCUUGGGACCUAGAACAAGCAUCUCUGUUUUGUCCGGGUUUAAAAGUAGAACGUUUGCAGCCAUCCACUUCCUUAUGUCUGAAACACAGGCUUCUAGCGAGGGCAAUUUUGGGGCUUCACCGUGUUUCAUUGAAAUGUACAGCUGUGUGUCAUCCGCAUAGCAGUGAAAGUUAACAUUAUGUUUUCGAAUGACAUCCCCAAGAGGUAAAAUAUAUAGUGAAAACAAUAGUGGUCCCAAAACGGAACCUUACCUUACUUAAAUGUAUCACGAGCCACUUUAAACAAUGACACUUUAUAUAAUGUUCUCAUACCCUACAUUACUCAUCUCAUAUGUAUAUACUGUACACUAUACCAUCUACUGCAUCUUGCCAUCUUGAUGUAAUGUAUCACUAGCCACUUUAAACAAUGCCACUUAAUAAUGUUUACAUAUCUUACAUUACUCAUAUCAUAUUUAUGUACUGUAUUUUAUACCAUCUGUUGCACCUUGCCUAUGCCGCUUGGCCAUCGUUCAUUCUUAUAUUUAUAUGUACAUAUUCUCAUUCACCCCUUUGAGAUUUGUGUGUAUUAGUUGUAGUUGUUGGGGAACUGUUAGAUUACUUGUUAGAUAUUACUGCACUGUCGGAACCAGAAGCACAAGCAUUUCGCUACACUCGCAUUAACAUCUGCUAACCAUGUGUAUGUGACAAAUAAAAUGUGAUUUGAUUUGAUUUGAACAUGCGUGCCAAUUAAAGAUCUUGACUAAUCAGAUGCAAGGCCCAAUUAGGGUGUAAUCCAGCCCAGGUGUGCAGCCUGGUUGGUUGUUAAAAGCUACCUCAGUUUCGUCUAUUGUAGCAUAGCAGAGGCACGCUGUCCUCUAACCUACAGAGUCACAUUAGUUGUUGGCAUGGGACUCAUGAUGGCAAACACGCUCAGGUUAUUGUUCAAGCAACUGGUUUGGCUUUUACUUGUGGAAAACGUCUUAGUCUCUCCUGCUUUGUCAUAUACUUAUAGCACUGACACAUGGCAACAACUUCCAAGGCGAACACCACAAUUUGACAAUCGUCCACACUUUAAACAGCCUCCACUCCAACAAACAGUUUCAAGGCCAGUUAGAGUAGAAACUGUCGCUGUGACGUGCCAUUCAGACUACAUGGAGAUAGUCGUGAAGGCUGAUCUGUUUAAACUCGGUAAUCUAAUCGACGUGGAUGACCUGCGACUUGGAGUUGAACAGUACCAAGACCAAGACAACUGUAGGGCUACAGCGUCAGCAGCCGGUGAUGAGUACAGAAUAUUUGCACCACUUUUAGACUGUGGAACCAAGUACCUGAUGAACGAAGACUCAUUGAUCUACACAAACCUCCUCAGAUAUACACCCAGAACCACACCAGAUGCCGUUAUUCGAAUGGCUGGUGCUGUAAUCCCAAUUGAGUGUCAUUAUGAAAGGAAGUACAGUUUGGACAGCUCUCCUCUCCAGCCGACCUGGAUCCCUUUCACCGCCACAGUGCCUGCUGAAGACACCCUGCAGUUCUCAUUGAAGCUUAUGACAAGUGACUGGCUCUAUGAGCGGGCUUCUGGAGUCUACUUCCUGGGUGAUCCCAUCAACAUUGAGGCGUCUGUCAGGGUUGCUCACCACACCAGGCUCAGAGUCUUUGUUAGCAGCUGCGUGGCCACACUGGACCCUGAUAGCAACUCUGUCCCCAGAUAUGUCUUCAUUAAGAGGGAUGGGUGCUUGACGGAUUCCCAGCUGCCUGGUUCCCGCUCUGGUUUCAUGCGUAGAACCCAGGACAACAAGCUCGGGUUCCACAUUGAUGCCUUUAGGUUCUACCAGGAGGACAGGGCAGAGCUGUACAUCACCUGCCACCUUAUGGCAGUCCCUGUCAUGAACCAUGCAGAGCCUAGCAACAAGGCAUGCUCCUUCAUUGAUGGCAGAUGGAGGUCUGCUGAUGAGAAUGAUUUGCUAUGUGGGCGUUGUACAAGCCUGAGUAGACAGAAGGGGGUUGAUCAAGCUCCAGCACAACGUCCCCUCAGUCCAAGACUAGGUGGUAGCCAACUUGAACCUCAUGUCUACCACAACAAAGCCCCAGCCUCUGGUGACAAUUGGAGUAUUGGGAUGAAAGCCAAUGAAGUAUGGGACCAGGAUACUACUUUGGGCCCCGUGAUGGUCCUCCCAAGUAAACAGAAGAGUACACCUGUAUCUCCACGAAUGAGUGGAGGUAUCGAUAAACCUGGCUUCCCUGCCUCAACAGGGGACAGGAAGCCCGUAUCACCUGGCAGUCGUGUGAGUGGCAUGGACUACAAGAGAGGACCUUAUUUCGCCCAAUCCCAAAAUGCGGCUAGUCCCUUGGGUCCGAGGGUCGGACCCAACAACAAGCACGGUCUCGUUAGCUCUGCAACAUAUGAUGGCUUCAUCAGGCGGAAAGAACUAAUCGCCCAAAGAGAGCUGGAGGCCACCCCAGACCCUGAGUUGAUUCCUACACCUGAGCCCAUUGGAGACCUUGAGGUUACCACAGAGAAAGAGAGUCUGACUGAGGAUCAGUAUGAGAUUGGAACCUACUGAAAGGCCCACUUCACAUUUCUAGAAUUGGAAGGAGCUGUUGUCGUGGUGGCCCCUAAUAUCCUUGCUCCAAGCAGCAGCACACCAACUCACCGAGGUUGAUGCCGGUCCUGAUGUCCCAGCACACAAGGAGGAUGACCCUACAACAAAGUGACAUAAGCACCACAUCUGCUCCUGGCGAACUCAACCAGUGAUGGGACUACCACAACACAGACGAUAUCUCAAGAGAUGCCUGUUAAUCUCUUUGAAAAAUAAAUGAUUUAAUUCUA